CGGCCAGGUAUUAAUUGGUUGUGAAAACAAGAAACGACAAAGUUGUUUUUGCUGGCAAUUACGCCUCCCGUAAUCUUAUUAAACCUAAUGAAAUGCAAAGUGAUACAAAACGCUUCUUUCGAAAACAUGUGUCUCUUUAAAAGGAACAUUUCGUAUCUACUGGUAAACCAAUAAAGCCUGUUGAAUAUCCCUUGCAUAUCACGAGGUGAACGUAUUUUGUUGCAUCGUUUUAGGCUUUAAGAUAUGACCAAAAAACGUGUGCAUUACUUUAUUCUCUAUAUGAGGCAUCUACUGAUAUAUGACGUAAUCUUCGACGAGGGGUCGGCACCUUAUGGUAUUUGCAACUACCCUAUAUACAAAUGUUCGUAUGAACUGAAAUAAAGAUCCCCUGGGCAGUAUUCAUUUAACAGAGAUCAAAAUGAAUACGUUUGGAGCAAAUUGAUCUUCUUGGAUCCUACGUCUCAGACCACAGAUGACAGAAUUAACCUUUCAUAAUCGUUGCUAAGCGACGAAAAGCGUUCGUGCGUCGACAAAAACAAUGCGAUAACCUUACAAACAUCCAAACAUGAGCUUGUACAUCGAGAACCCGGUGCGAUUUCCUGAAUCGGGCUCGAUUUCUGUAAACACCGUUUGGCACGGGACCGCUUCCCUCCUCGCAGCCGCCAGUUUCUCUCCGGACCGUGGCGGAUUCGUCAUUAUUUUCGAUGAGCUGGGCGAGAGUCUCAAAGACGUCAACUACCCGGCCCACCGGAGCUAUCAAGUCACGGCGCUGGUAUGGCAUCCCGAGAAAACGAUCCUGGUCAGCGGCUGGGAAAAUGGCAACGUCAAGGUGUGGAACGGCAACGAUCGGGACUUUAUCGACGUCGCGGGACCUCACAAAUCCCCAAUUACCCUGUUGGGAUUCAGCGAAAAAGGGGGCCGGUUGGUGUCAUGUGAUUCGACUGGCUCGGUCGUCGGUUGGAAAGUCGAUUCCAAAGGUCAGACGAGUAGCGUGUUUCAUCUCGACCUCAAAGAGGCUGUCACCCACCUCGUGUUUCGACCGACUGCGAGGAGCGAUUUCGACGUGGAGGGCCUCGCUAGGGCGGCAGUUGACGGCGACGAGCACGCGUUGGACGUGUUUAGCGAUUGGCGUCCUAAAACAACUGCACGAAAGUUCAAAUCGCGCGACGCCUCGGACAACUGGUCUUUUUUUAUCGGCUCUCAAUCAGGAUCCAUUUUUUACAUCAACGCAGGUGGCUCUUGCGCGGAAGUCCUAAGUACGGACGGACUCGGUUUGCUCCACAUGAUCUUUCACCCCGCCAAGGAUUCAGUUAUUGUCGUCAUGGAAGGUCUAACAAUUGGACAUUUUUCUGUUGAUCGGCUCGGUCAUUUGACCGAAAUCGCCAGGGUCAAGCUAAGCGGACGAAUGCAAGCGAGGUCGACGGGAGGCCACGGAGUGGCAUGGGCUGGCAACUCGAGCUUGGCCGUUCUGACAGGCGACCUGACCGUUCGCGUAUGGGACCUGGAUACCAACGAUAACUAUGUGUUGCCGACGGCGUCGGGCAGCGGAGACGACAGGGCCGUGUCCGUGAGCGAAAUGUUCACCUGCAUUGCGUACUGUAAACUGAGUCAGACGGUAUGCGCUGGUACCAACGUGGGUCGCAUCUACUUCUGGACGAAGAACCGGACCGUCGAGUGCGAGAACGCCGAAGACGCGUGGGAGUUGACCAACGUGUGCUCGAUUAGCGGCACCAUCAAGCAGCUAACGUGGGGCUCGGUGAUGGCGCGCAUGCCCUUGCUGGGCGUUAAUUGCGUGACGACUGUUUACGUGGUCCGCGAACAGAACGUGUGCAGCGCGUUCGGCGCACGCAUGUGGGCGGUCCAGAAAACGGCAACACAACUCCUCCUCGAGACGACCAAGGGCGGGCAACUGCUCGAUGUUGACGUCCAGGUUAGCGACGUAGCACUCUCCGACAGUUUGCUCGUCGUAUCUGACGGGAGACGCGCCCUCAUCUAUGCCGUAGUGUGGAAAAGCGAGGAGAACGUGUUGCGUGACUACGAUUUCGGCCAGAAUAAAUGCGACUUUUCGGUCAAGUUUUCAACGAGUUUCCGCUGCGACAAUGACGGCGUCUCUGUCCACGAUAAAACGGUGAUCGCACUAGGCACCCAAAAGGUGACCCUGUACACGGAGGCAGGUCACGUAGUGGCGUCGAUCCCAUCUAGCCACGCGGAAGGCGACACCAUCGGGAUGGACGUGACCGCCGGCUAUCUAACCAUCUUCACCGCCGAGGGUUUCUUGAAGGUGUACCACCUAGGAGACGGCCAACCGAAAGCGGUCGCGCCCGCACGAAACGUUGGCGACCUAGUUGACGAUUUUGGUGAGGUUAUCCAAGCGAAGACGAACGCCGCUGGCGCCAAGGUUGCGAUCACACUCGCCGCCGCGGACCUGGUGCCCGAUGGGCGUCUCUACGUGUGGGACAUUGAGGACAAUCAGUUGACGCGAUACGAUUUUCGAAGGGGUGUGAUAGAGACAGCUGGCGGCGUGUUUGACGAGGUGUGCGCGAACCGCCUUCCUCUGUCGAUGCAUUGGAGCGAAGACGACGCUAGACUCCUAGUGUGCGAUGCGAGGCGUUUAAGAACAGCGGGCGGUUCGCAGAAGAGGUUCGCACCGCUGAUCCGGAGCCAGGAAUCGAAAACACUGCUCAAAGAUGAAGACCACGUAGUGGUCACGAUGUUCGUUUCGGCGGACAAUGCGAUCAAAAUUCAUGAUGUCCGCGCUCUCGACCCCGAUGCCAAGUUAUUAGGAGUCGCGAUACCGUAUAUCGCGACACUUCGUAAGGGGGGCGUGGUCCGAGACGUGGUUAACGAUUUUGUUGGUCUAGAGUCGUGCGACCACGCCACCAAGAGAGCGGUACUCGACUUUAGCUUUCACCUAAGCCUGGGCAACAUGGACGCGGCCUUUAAGUCCAUCAAGCUGGUGCAAAGUCACGGCGUGUGGCGCAGCCUAGCCAAGAUGUGCGUUAAGACACGGCGCUUGGACGUCGCGGCGGUCUGUUUGGGUCACAUGGGCGAUGCCAGAGCGGCGAGGGCGCUCCGUCUUGCCGUCGAGGACUCCACCCUUCCCGUCGAAGCCAAAGUGGCCGUUUUGGCCAUCCACCUGGGACUGCUGGAGGAGGCGGAACGACUGUACGCAGAGUGCAACCGCUAUGACCUCAUGAUCCAGCUGCUACGCGCGCAGAACAAAAUGGAGGCCGCCCUUGCGGUGGCUGAGAACAAGGACCGCAUCAAUCUGCGCAACACACAACACGCAUGGGGGCGGGCGCUCGAGAGCGAUGGUGACCUGAAAGGGGCGGCGGCCCGGUAUGAACGGGCCGGUACUCAUCGUUACGAUGUGCCAAGAAUGCUGGCCGACCAUCCCGACCAGCUCUGCGGUUACAUGGCCAAAACGAAGGACAAAGACCUUCUCAAAUGGUGGGGUCAGUACUUGGAGUCUCGUGGCGAUAUGGAUGCCGCGCUCAAAGCGUACGCCGACGCUGCCGACGUCUACUCCCAGGUGCGUGUGUUGUGUUUUUUGGGCGAGGAGGGAAAGGCAGCCAAUCUCGCGCGCUUAACUUCCGACCAAGCCGCCCACUACCACCUGGCGCGUCGCCACGAAGCCGCCGGCAACGUCGCCGACGCGAUGACCAGCUUUGCGGAGGCGACGGCGUACUGCAACGCUGUCCGGCUUGGUAUAGAGCACGGCCUGUCCGACCAGCUAUGGGCGUUGUCGUCGGCGGUACCGAACGAGGAGAAACUCGCCCUGGCGCGAUACUUUGAGGAUAGCGGUGACCUGGAAAAAGCGGCUGCGCUGUACUACCGAGGGGGCGGGCUCCAUGACGCCCUGGAUCUCGCAUUCGAUGCUCGUCAGUACGACGUGGUCCAGGAGAUCGCCGCCGGGUUAGACGCCGCGUCUGACCCCGCCCUCGUCGAUAAGUGCGUCCGGUACUUUGUCGGCGACGAGCAGUACGACCGAGCGGUCGACCUCCUCGCGACGGCGAAAAAGUACCGAGAAGCGAUCCGCCUGUGUUCCGAGAGGAACGUGCGGCUCUCCGAAGAUCUCGCGGAAAAGCUGACGCCGGACAAGGACAUCUGCGACGAGGAGCUGCGCCUCGAUGUGCUGCGCACCCUCGCCGAGACGCUGACGUCGCAGGGCGAUUACCGGCUGGCAACGAAGAAGUUUACACAGGCGGGCGACAAGAUCAGCGCCAUGAAGGCGCUGCUCAAGUCGGGCGACACCGAGAAGGUGGUGUUUUUCGCGGGUGUAUCGCGUCAGCGCGAAAUUUACGUUAUGGCGGCGAACUACCUGCAAACGCUCGACUGGCAGAACCGGCCCGACGUGCUGCGCCACAUCGUAGCGUUUUACUCAAAGGGCAAAGCGCUCGAUCUGUUGGCCAAUUUUUACGUGUCGUGCGCGCAGGUGGAGAUCGACGAGUUCCAGAACUACGAGAAGGCGCUCGAAGCGUUGUCGGAGGCGUCCCGGUGCCUGCAGAAGAUAUCCGGUUCAAAGGAGCCCGUUCAGAUCCAACGAGCGUCGGACAUCGUCCGGCACCGACAGACCGUCGUCAAAAAGUUCGUCGACGCUCGGAAAUCGUUCGAGAGGGGUGACGGUGCUGCUGCGAUGGCGCAGUGCAGGCAGCUACUGGCGCUCGAUGGCGACGACCUCGAGGUCGCUGUCAGACGGGGCGACGUUUACGCCGCAAUGAUACGCCACUGCGUCGAGUCCGGCGCAGUGGUGGAGGCGCGACAACUGACUGCAGAGCUCAGACAGUUUCUAAGCGCCGACGGCACCCCGCUGACGUACUACCUCAAUAGGGAGUCGGUCGAAGCGUUGGCCCGUGUCCUCGGGGUUCCGGUCGGCUCGCUCGUGCCGCAGAAGCUCACGCGGGAGGCAGAGCCGGACGACGAAGAGGAUGCCGUUGUGGAUGAGACGGUCAACAAGUGAGCAGAGGAGGGGGAAGUGUCGAAUAACACGCAGCUUCGAAUACAACUAGUUUUUUUCUCUCUUUUUUAAUGGAAAAACAAUUCAUAUAUAUAUACGCUUGUUGUAUUACAAAAUAAUCUAAAAUUCGAUGGGACCGCCACGACAUCACGAAGCCCUCGCAAAUAUCGUAUUUACAAACCAGCUUUUUUUUAAGCGCCGCGCACGCUUGCUUUACCAUACUUAAUGUACACGGGGACGGGGCCCCCGUCUCGUCAAAAACCGAUGGCCGUUCAUAC